GAGUUCCCUGAUAUUCUGGACGUCGGGGAGAGGCUCAUGGCCUGCAUGAAUCUGCAGAGGUUCCAGGCCGUUGCUACCGAAGAGGACAUGCUGAGGGAAGCCAACUUAGUGGUCGACACGUACGGGUUCCUUGCGGGCGUCGUGUUCGAAGGCGUAGGAAAGACGGGAGACACCGCGAAGACUGUUCCGGCAAAGCUCAAGUACGCCAUAAGAGUCGACUACGAGAAAACCCCGUCUACAUUCAACUUGGGGCCACGGUACUGGCGACCAGGACCUUAUUCCAACAUGGCGGUGCACAUGCGGUACCACCAGGGAUUCCUUCUGCUGCAGGAGAUGAUGGACAGCGCCAUCCUCAGACUGCAGUACUGGACCAACAACCCUCAGGACGCAGAGUCGGUGCCAAGGGCGAAGAGGCAGGCGACAGCGAAGGGCGUGAGCGACGCGGAGAGGGACAUGUUGCUUAACCUCCCUGUGUAUACUAAACAACAGCCGUACCCCUGCUACGAGAAGGAUGAGUUCCUCGUGAUGAUGAACGAGUCGCCAGUGAUGAGCCUCGUCUUUUCCUUCGUGGUGUUCACCGUCUACGUCGUGUUCCUGAUCCGACACCUCAUCCAGGAACGGCAGUCCAGGAACAAACAGGUGCAGGAGGUGAUGGGACUGAGAACGUGGGUGGACCUGCUCGCCUGGCUGUUCUUCUCGCUGCUCCUGCUGGUGGUGAUCCUGCUGGCCCUGGCGCUGCUGAUCAAGUUCGGAAACCUCCAACCCAAAGCAGAGUUCGGCGUCCUGCUCGCCUUCCUGCUGAGCUACGGGCUUAGCAUUGUGUCCUUCUGCUACCUGGUGUCCUGCGUCGUCCCCGGGGCCAUCCUGGGCGUGUUUGUGGGCGUGAUGGCGCUCCUGGUGUUCAACGUCCCCUUCAUCAGCAUCUCCGUCGUGCAGGCCCACACGCCCCUGUACACCAUCCUCGUCUCGUCUUUGUUACCUCCAACGGCCUUUGGCUUCGGCUUCCGCGUCAUCUGCCAAUACGAACUACUUCAAAUCGGAGCGACAUUUGGCAACCUGUGGACGCCGCCACUCAGAGACACAGAUAUGACGCUGGGACUGGCCAUUGUGAUGCUGCUGGCGGACACGCUCAUCUCCUUCGUGCUGGCCGUCGUCAUUUCCAUCCUGAAGAACGGCACUCUCCGGGCCCUGGCGACGGGGGGGCGGCCGCCGCUGCUGCACCAGGCCUCCUUCUCGGACAAGGCCUCCCUCAAGCGCUCCAACGAUUUCACUUUCAACAUCUUCCAUGAGGACACAGUCCAUCCCCUGGACGUCGACCCCGGCCUCAAGCAGAGCUUCAAGAAGGGCCUCAGCAUCGUGGGUCUCCGGAGGAUCUACGAGAACCGCGGCGCCUCCAAGGUGGCCGUCGACAACCUCAACCUCGAGCUGUACGAGGGCCAGAUCAUGGCACUCCUCGGCCACAACGGCGCCGGAAAAACAACUGUCAUCUCCAUGAUCACCCGGGAGCUGCGCCAAACCGCGGGCAACAUCUCGGUCUACGGCCACGACAUCCGCACCUCCUGGGACAAGGCGAGGAAGCUGAUGGGAAUGUGUCCCCAGAAGGCCGUCCUCUUCCCGCUCAUGACGGUGCGGGAGACGCUCGCCUAUUACACCCGGCUGAAGGGCACCGCAGCCGACCAGACCGACGCGGAAGUCAACUCGACGCUCAUCAACAUGGGCUUGUACGACCACCGCGACCACCUCGGGCGCCAGCUGUCGGAAGGGCUUCGUCGGCGGCUGUGCAUGUCCAUCGCCUUCGUCGGGGGGUCCAAGCUGGUCAUCCUGGACGAGCCGACGUCGGGGGUCGACCCGGCGGCGAGGGCGGCCAUGUGGGAGGUGAUCAGCAACCACCGCAGCGGGAGAACCAUUUUGCUCACCACACACCACCUGGACGAGGCCGAGACCCUGGCUGACCGCGUGGCCAUCUUGCAUCAGGGGAGACUCCUGUGUGUCGGGUCGCCCCUCGCCCUCAAGUCCGAGUAUGGGUCCGGCUACAGCAUCACGCUCAGCAACAGGCGUGUCUACGACGAGACGGAGGACGGGCAGUACAAGGGAAAGCAUGGCAAGGACGGGUCUUUCCUGCCGCUGGACGUCUCCUUCCAGUUUGCGAAGACCGACGCUGUGCUCGAACUGGUGAAGAGGUACGCGCCGAACGCUCGCCUCCUGGAAGCUGUCAACGGCGAGGUGACUUACUCGAUCCCCAUGACGGACGGCCAAGGCAACGAGAGCAGGUUGCCCGAGCUGUUGGGCGAGCUGGAGGGCAAGUUGGAGGAGCUGGGGUUCGUGUCCAUGGAGAUCCGACCCACCAGCCUCGAGGACGUCAUCAUCGCCCUCAACGCCAUCAACGCCAUCGAGUCCGAGAGUUUGGCGCAGUCCAAGGUCCCUCGAGCCCCAGAUGGCCUUGCAGAAGAGGAGGACCUGCGGGACCUGUUCAACUUCCGGCCUCUGGCUCCUCGCAGCGGCGUCAGGCUCUCCUUCCAGCGGCUCCUGGCUCUCCUGCUCAAGCGCCUCCUGCACCACGGCCGGGACUGGGUCUUCUACAUCCAGAUGUUUGUGUUGCCGCUGGUGUUCAUCUGCCUGGCCAUGCUGGGGUCCUGGUGCCGACCCGCCUUCGAAGGCACCGCGCCCCUGGAAAUGAGUCCGCACAUAUACUCUGCGCCAUCCACCUCCUUCGUCAGGCAACUGGACCCGACCUUCGAGCCCCUGGCAGAGGAGUUCCUUCGGCUGACCCUGGGCGCCAGCAGCAGCAGCAGCAGCACGGGGCAGUGGUCCGCCUGCCCUCCCAGCGUGGCCAACGCCAGCCUUGGUGUGCCGCACUGUAAUAUAUCAGGCGAUAGCACGCAGUCCCUGUGCAGAUGCGAGGAUGACGUGUGUUCCGUGGACGUCACCAACCAGCCCAGCCUCAACGACUGGAUCUUAGGAACACGAUAUAAACAUGUCCAGAACAGCAGACUGGUAAUACAAGGAAUACGACCUACCAAUUUAAAGACAUACCAUAUAAUUGGAUCUUUACCUUUCUUAGAACGUUAUAAGUACAUCAUAAGUAUAAAUCCACACCCUGACCUUUCACCUCCGUCCCUUUCAGAUACGGGGCUGAGCCUGGGCGUGGAGGACCCCCUCGCUCCCACCCAGCAGCCCCGGAGUCAGCUUACGACAACUCCCGGCUACUCCGGCCCUCCCCCCCCCCCUACCUCAACGCCCUCACGAACGCCCGCCUCAGCAGAGACUUCUCGGGACCAGUACAAGGUCACCACCAUCACAAACCCGGUCAAGUUCUCCAAAUACGGCUUGAACAGCAUCUCACUGUGGCGUCGUUUUUACAUUUUCCUUCUGAUAAUUUUCUUUGAUGAACCUUCCCACCGCGGCUACGGUGGGCGAGCGAGCAGACGACGCGGCGAGUCUUCUUCGUCGCCGGCGUGUCGAGGAACACCUACUGGAUGCCAACAUGAUUGGGACGUCUCGAUUCUACUGAUCAACAUCUUCUUCACUGUGGUUGUCCUCAUCAUCUUCAACCAGCAGCAGUUCGUGUCCCACAGCAACCUGGGCGCCUUCUUCCUUCUGGCGCUGCUCUACGGGCUGAGCAUCCUGCCGAUAUUCUACCUGACGGAGGGCCUCUUCCGCUCAGAAACCGCUGCCGUGUUCUCCUUCUUCUGCGGCACCUUCAGCAUAGGCCUAAUCUCUACCCUUCUUCUUAUCGUGUGUGAGGUCUACACUUGGGUCAAGGAGCUCAAGUAUGACAUAGGAUCCAGUUUCCUUGUUCUUAACGACAUGGAGAACGUGAUCAGGUAUCUGUUCUUGAUUUUCCCGCCGUUCACCUUCGCCUGCGGCAUCAAGAGCCUCGCUGUGUCCUAUACUAAGACCUCCAUCAUGGCGCGCUUCGGCAUCGACAUCUACACGUCGCCCUUCUCGUGGGACCCGUCCAUGCAGGGCGGGCUCGGCAUCCACUACUUAGCCCUGGCCAUUUGGGCGGUGGCGGGCGUGGUCUUGCUGCACGGGUGGAACUCCUGCGUGGGGCCGCUGUCCCGCCCCGCCGCGUCAGCCCCGAAGGCCACGGCGGGGGCAGAGGAGGACAAGGACGUGGCCGCGGAGAGGAUCAAGAUCCAGUGUGGCGGAGCGUCCCUGUACGACACGGUCCUGCGGAUGGUGGGUCUGGGGCGCGACUUCGCCUCGCCGCCCACCUCGGCCGUCAGCAGCCUCUACCUGGCGCUGAAGAGGGGCGAGUGCUUCAGCCUCUUGGGUCUCAACGGCGCGGGCAAGACGACCACCUUCCGCUGCCUGACGGGCGACCUGCGCCCCUCCCGCGGCCAGAUCCUGAUCAACGGCAUCGUCCUGAACGAGGCCCUGUCCUUGCCUCGCCCCGUGAUGAGCUACUGCCCCCAGAACGACCCCCUGGACCCCAACAUCACCCCCCGCGAGGCGCUCUUCAUCAUGGCUCUCGUCAGGGGCUUCCGGGACGAGGAGCUCGUGGAGAACGUGGACCGCGCCAUCAAGCAACUCGGGCUGACCAACCACGAACACAGCUACAUCAGAUACCUGUCAGGUGGCACCAUGAGGAAGGUGUCCCUCGCCCUGGCACUCAUCGGUAACCCCCCACUGGUGCUGCUGGACGAACCUACCACGGGAAUGGACCCAGCCUCCCGACGAAUAGUGUGGCGCGCAGUGCAAAGCGUGACCCAGGACGGACGCACUGUGCUGCUGACCUCGCACUCCAUGGACGAGGUCAACCACCUCUCGCACCGCAUGGCCAUUAUGGUUAACGGGUACCUCGUGUGUAUGGGUUCCCCGCAUUACCUCAAAUACAAACUCGGGGACAAGUACACGAUACGCGUCAAGGCCAAAGACAUAGAGGACUUGCCCGUCAUCGUCGAUUACUUGAGAGGACAGCUCAACGAAGUCCUGCUCAAGGAGCAGCAUCACCUCUCCCUGGUGGCGGAGGUGAGUCGCCGGCUGCCGCUCCGCCUCGUCUUCGACACCCUCGACUCCGCCAAGCUGGUCGGGGUCACCGAGUACGACGUCUCGCAGACCACGCUCAACGAGGUGUUCCGGCUGCUGACGUCCUACCAGGGCGACGGGCAGGUCCCUCCGUCGCCGACCGACUCGGAGGCAGACCAGACGAGCGUCCCCAUGCACCUGCCCAACCUCUCUCCCGCCGGGGUGAACGUUCCUGACAGCACAUUCCAGUCCCCCAGCCGUUCCCCGUACCUGUCGCCGGAGCCCGCCCUCACGCCGGAUGGACGCCGGAGCAUGUACGACAACGUGGAGGACGGCCGAGUGGAGACCUACGCCACCGUGGGGCGUCUCAGUGCCAAGAAAGCGCCGACUCCUGAAGUGACAGCUUUGGAGAGGGACUCGCCGACCUCGCAGGCCAGCACGGCCGACGACAGCCCCGAGGAGGAAUGGACGCACCUCUAGGGCGUCCAGGUCGCUGCGCUGAGUGAAGCUGAGUGAAGCGGGCCGCACUGCAGCAGUUCGAGCGAGUGUCACAUGGUGUGAGCUCAGAUAGCGGGAGUGCAAAGUAUAGAGUACGAUUUCUUUUUUAGAAAUUCUGAAUGAUUCCUGCGAGUUUCCCUUGAUGGUCAUUUUUGAGCCAAACUGUGACUAGAAUGCCAAAUGAAUAUGUAGUAACGAUUUUCUGUUAUAAUAAUUGUUCUCCACGUUACAUUCAUCCAUUACGGUCAUCACAGUGUUUGCUAAGUGUAAGCCCUUCAGGAACGUAAACACCCGACCCACGAACGCACUCUUAUUUCUAAGCGAUCGUAUUGAAUAAGGCUUUACUUUAUUCUUUACAACACAAGAUGUGUUCAAUAGUGUUUUGAUUCAGCACAUACUAGAUUCACUACAAAUAAUACCCGAUAA